AAAAAAAAAAAAAAACAGAAAGAUGUCAUCAUCCUGUCGACUCAAACACCGGGGCGGAGUCACGGAGUGCGGCCGACCUCGAGCUCUUUAGCUGGGCGACGAACUCUACGCAACACCGAGGCUUGGAAUCCGACGGCUGCGGCCUUUUCGGAGCUACCGCAAAAAAGAAACAAAUGAUAUAAAAGCAGCACGUUCGGACUUCGCGUCCAUCUCCUCCAUUAAAAUGAGUAUUUAUUUUUGCUUUUAUUACAGCAGACAUAAAGGAAUACAAUACACCAUUAAAGCAGGACAUCAUCCAUUUUGUCGCGUUUACAAAAGCAGAAAUAUCUCGUCAAUGAAUCCAUAAGUCGUUAUAAACUCAUUAAUUAGAAUAACAAUAUUGAUAAUUGGUGCCGUUGUUGGGAGUCCUUCUGCAUUUGCAGUAAUUAUCCCGGGCAGCAGGAGGCAGAGCAGAGCAGCGCAAGCCCCGGGCUGGAUUUUCACUGCUGCGGUGUUUCGAGCUCCUCUUCCCGGGCUCUGGGGGUCUCUCCCCCCCCCCUCGCUGCCUUACGCUCUCUCAGCUCCCUGCCUGGCUCUCCUUCAUGAUGGACUCCUCCUGGAGCAACUUCCUCUUUCAGACUCCGCCCACUCAGAGCCAGUCUGACACGCCUCUUCAGGCGGAGCUCCUGCCUGAGCUGACAGACUCGGCUCAGAGUCCGUCAGCUGAACAUAUGGUGACGCCUCCGUCCACCGUCGACACCGCGGCGCUGAGCGAGGAGCCGCUACCUGUCAAAUCUCCAGUGAAGCCCAGUCGUCCGGCUCACAUCUGCUCCACCUGCAACAAAGAGUUCAAGAACAGCUACAACCUGCGGCGCCACCAGUCUGUGCACACGGGCGUUCGCAUGAAGGACCGCGUCGCCCGGGAGAAAGAGGAGGGAGCGAAGAAGCAGACGGUCCCGCUGUCCCUCCUCCAGCUCACACUGCCCCCACAGGCCCCGCCCCCUCCUCCUCCUCCCACCACCACCACCACCACCACGGACUCCGUCCCCCAGCCCAGUCUCCACGACAACCAGGAAACUCAGCCAGUCUCUGUGUCCAUUGCCCCGGCAACCGUAACCAUGGCUGCGCCGCAGCAACCCCUCCAAGCAGCUGUUGUUGUUGUCGGGUCCAUGGAGCAGAAUCCCAAUCCCAACACCAACCAGGUGAGGAAGAACCACGCCUGCGAGGCCUGUGGAAAGGCCUUCAGAGACGUCUAUCACCUCAACCGGCACCGGCUUUCGCACUCGGACGAGAAGCCGUAUUCCUGCCCCAUCUGUCAGCAGCGCUUCAAGAGGAAAGACCGCAUGAGCUAUCACGUGCGCUCGCACCAAGGCGGCGUGGAGAAGCCCUACGUGUGUCCUCACUGCGCCAAGGCCUUCUCCAGACCGGAUCAUCUCAACAGUCACGUUCGACAGGUUCACUCGACAGAGAGACCCUUCAAAUGCACGACGUGCACGUCGGCGUUUGCCACGCGCGACCGUCUCCGAGCUCAUCUGAUCCGUCACGAGGAGAAAGUUCCGUGUCACAUCUGUGGGAAGCUUCUGUCGGCCGCUUACAUCACUGAUCACAUGAGAGUCCACAACCAAUCACAGCACCACGCCUGUCACCUGUGCAACCGCAGCUUCACCACCCUCACUUACCUGCGUGUUCACGCUCAGAAACACCACGGUCAGGAGUGGAAGGAGAGCGGCGGGGGGCGUGGCGCCUUCGGUGGGACGGGGGCCGGCGGCGUGCUGCUCUGUCAGCUCUGCGGUGUUCAGUGUAAGACGGCAACGCAGCUCCAGGGUCACAUGGGCACCCACGCCAACCAGGGCGACCUCGGCGCUGACCCCGCGAGCACCGGCCCCGUCGUCGCCACCAGCGUGGCCGUCACCGUGUCCAGUGCUGCGAGCUCAGUGGGACUGCUGGUUACUGACUGCUCCAGUAUCACCCCCCAGCCUCACAGCUAGCACACCGCGAGGAGGGGGGGAGGGGGGGAUGUGGGCGGGAGGGACUGGUGGAGGCGGGGACUCAACAGCUGUCAAACCAGGCUGUUCCUCGUCAUGACGACACCUGACAACCACACGCCCCUUUUCAUUCACUACAGGAAUAGUUCAGGUUUAUUUUUAACUGUUGUCCGAGGCACUGACACACCGGCGCCCCCCAGUGGACACUGGAGACUUAGACAGAUUUUAGCCACUUCACCAAAGACUCUGCGACGUCUUUAAGAACACGGUCACGUGACGUCUGUAAACCACACACACACAGGAGCAGCUGGUCCUCUGCUGCCUCAUGUGGUCACUCUGUGUCACUGAGGUCAAUCGGAACAAAGUUUUUCAAGUGCCGAAGUGACAAAAUAAGACGUUUGAACUUCGUGAUGGAUGGAUACUGCUCGCGUCACAUGUCCACGUCUUUAUCUCACUGUGAGACAGACUAAACGUCCGUCUUCGUCCAUGGACUUCAGCUGACGUUGAUGAGGUGAAUCUAAGGACGAGUGGUUAGAAUCUGUCGUGUUCCUGUUCUGUCUUCAGGGGGCGCUCUCACCGAGGAAUCAUUCACUCACAGAGGAAAAUGAACGUGUAUUUUUAUUGACAUGGCUUCGCAGUGAAAUGUUUGUAUUUGCUGGUUGAGAGUGAGUUUCCUGCUCGGCCGUCAUGCUUUUGUAAAGUUGGUGGAUGUUUUUAAAUUUUUUUAUUCUCCGUGAUAUCGGUGGUUAUUUAUGAAGCUUUGCCGUGGUCCGAGCUGUAGACGUCCUCCACGUCCUUCACAGCUGAUGAAGACAAACAGCGAUAAGCGGCUGUGAAAAAGUCUCCGCCCACUUCCUGCUUUCUUCUGUUUUUGCAUAAACAUCAAACUUCUCUCAGGACACAUGGAGACACCUGUGUCCAUCUGUCUCUACAUCCAUGCGUCUGUGUCCACUGAACUCGAGUGGACAUCCUCACAUCCCCCGAGUUCCAGUUCCAAGAUGGCUGCCACUUGUACAAACCCUGUUUGAGUUCAGGUCUAGGUCCAGGUCCAUGUUUUGUGCGGAGCCACCGAGGUCAUGUGACAACAGCAAAACCAGAAGAAGACGAUUGUGACUGUUUUGGGGGUGGGGCUUCUUCACAGCACGCUGUUACAGACACGAGUGCUGCGUUCCAUUUGUCGUCAGAAGUGGGAGUUUCCCGUGUCGGGGUGCGGCUGAAAACCCGGGAACUGAACUCGCAAACCCGGAGCGGCUUCACUUUCCUGCAAAACAGCAUGUUAGAGUGACCAUGUUUUUGACUGUGGGAGAAAGGCAAGAGUGCCAACCACUACACCACCGUGUGCCCCUGAGCGGAGUCUGGAGCGUGACGUCGUCUGCAGAACCUCAGCUCUGUCGUCGCUGUCAAAUCUGUAUCUGAUAAAGUUUUAAUAAGUUACAUGUUAAUCCUGCGUUAACCCUUUCAGUACCUGGCCCCGACAGUGGCAGCGGUCACUUCCUGUUCCCAGUUCUGACAGAAAUGGAAUGCGGCCCAGCUCUGUGUGUGUGUGUGUGUGUGUGUGUGUGUAUUCCCUCGUGGACGGUGAACGUGCAUCACUUCUCUGCUUCAUAGUCUUUGAUUUUACCUGACGCUGAUUUGUACUUGGUCGUUACCAUGGUGACACAUUUCUAUGUGGCUGUGCAUAUUGACUGCACAGCGCCCCCUUGCUGCUGCUGUAUUAAAGGCGAUGAAAUGCAUGUGUGGAUUCCAUCGUGCAGCUGUAGCUUUGUUCUUCUCCUGGUACCGAGAUUAUUAUGGUUCACGAAAAACUGACGAAGUAAUGCAAACUAAAAUGGAAAAAAUACAACUUUCCGUCUACUGAAAUAAUAAUAAUAAUAUCAUAAAAAACUGAAACUGAACUGGGUUUUUAAAAGUAACUCAAGCUAAAGGUCUUUGUAAAUGAAUUUCUAACAGAAUCUUUUUCCUAUGAAGUGUAUUUUAUUUGUUUUGUCGCAUUUUCAUUCGUAAUAAAAUGUUUCCAGUUUUUGUUUA